UAGCUGACUUCAUGGCAGUAUGGACGCGGGCUCUGGCCCCAUUAGCUCCGCUCCCAACUUUCAAGAAGGUUCUUUCGGUUGCCCCAUUUGCCUAGACGCUCUGAAGGACCCGGUCACCACUCCCUGCGGCCACAACUUCUGCUUGGAGUGCAUCGGGGCGCACAGGCAUCACCCCGGGGGCGUUACAGGAGCCGGAGGACAAAGUGUCUCCCGCUGCCCCCUGUGCCAGGAACCCUUCCCAGCCGACCUCCCGCUCCGUAAGAACCACACCCUGGCCGAAUUGUUGCAGCUCCGACUGCCCGCGCCGAGCAGUCCGCGCCUGGCUAUGGCACCCGAGGAAACCUCGGAGCCGUGCGCUCCAGGGAACGGCGAUGCCCAGAUCGAGGAGGUGCUUUGCGACUUCUGCACCGAUGGGGAGAGGGCUGAAGCGGCUAAGUCGUGCUUGGUGUGCUUGGCGUCCUUCUGCGCCCCCCACUUGCAACCUCAUCUCAAAAGUCCGGCUUUCCAAAGCCACCGGCUGGUUCCGCCCUUGCGGCACAUCGAGGAGAGCCUCUGUAAAUUGCACCUCAAGCCCUUGGAGAGCUUUUGCCGGACCGACCGCAGCUGCAUCUGCCAGAUCUGCCAGACCCAGGAGCAUCGGAGCCACGAGGUGGUGGCCGUGGAGGUGGAGCGGGAACUCGUGGAGGCUCAGAGGCCAAAAAUCCUGAACAAUAUUGAAAAUCAGCUGGAUGAACUGGGAGCCUCAAUAGCGCAGAUGAAGAGGAUGGUCGACCUCAUCAAAGCUACUGCUCAGAAAGAGAAGGAAAAGGUCACCAAUCUCUUUGCCGAGGCCAGCAAGGUCCUGGCAACCUUUAGGAAGGAAGUGCUUGGUUUCAUUGAGGCUGAUGAAAGAGCCAUGCUGGGUGGAGCAGAGGAGGAGCUGCGGCAUAAAGAAGAGCGACAUGCCAAGUUGAUGGAACACAAGCUGAACCUGGAGAAAGUCCCCAGCACAGACACCAUCACUUUUCUGCAGGAAUUCCAGGCAUUAAAAAUAGCAGCUGAGGAAAAAAACCUUGCGUGUUCAAACUUCCCCAGAGAACUGAGUUUUAUUAAAUCCAGUCAGGCCGUGUUUGCUGUGAAGGAGCUGCUGGGAAAUAUUUGCAAGAACCAAUGGGACCAACUGUCAGGGAAGGGUGAGAAUGGACCUUUUCAUCAUGGGAUAUCAGAAGUGACAAUUGAACCGCAGGUUUCAGAAAGGAGCAUCAACCCUGCCAGUUUGGAAUCGCGAGAUUAUUUUCUCAAAUCUGCAUUCAUCAUUGACUUGGACAGUGAUACUGCUGACAAGUUCAUCCAACUCUUUGGGACCAAAGGGGCUAAGCGUGUGCUGAAUCCCAUCGCUUACCCUGAGACCUCAACCAGAUUCAUCAACUGUGAGCAAGUAUUGGGCGAGAAUCUUAUGAACCGUGGCAACUAUUACUGGGAAGUGGAAAUCAUAGAUGGUUGGGUGAGCAUUGGCAUCAUCACUGAAGAUUUCCAUCCCCAGGAAUCAUAUGACCGGGGCCGCCUAGGCAGGAAUGAGAAGUCAUGCUGUCUGCAAUGGAACGGCCAGAACUAUGUUGCCUGGUUUGGCGGAUUUGACUGUGUUAUACAGCAGUCAUUUUUUCAUACUAUUGGGGUGUACUUGGAGUAUUCAGAGAAGGUGCUGACAUUUUAUGGAGUCAAGGAUUCCAAGAUGACUUGUCUCCAGCAGUUCAAAGUGGCUCGCUUUAAAAAGGGACAUUUUGACCCUUUCCAGAAUAAGAUCAACCACCAGUUUCCAGCACUGUUCACACACAACCUCAAGCCAGCCUUUUUUCUCGAAAGUGUAGAUGCUCACAUGCAGCUCGGGCCUUUGAAAAAAGACUGUGUUUCAGUACUUAAGCGCCGAUAAUUUGGCAUGUU